CAAAAAUGGUCAUACAGCGUAGCUGGAAAAUUCUCAGCGAUGCGGCAAGCACAGCAAACAACAAUAACAGCAGCAGCAACAACAAUACAACAGCAACAACAUCACAACUAACAACAGCAGCAGGAGGCAGCAACGAUGUGGCACAACGUUCACCUGCCACACUGCAAGCAAACUCAUCAUCGGAUGACUCCGAUUGCUCCAAUCAGACUACACACUCGAUGGACACGCGUGUCGCGAGUCCCGCCAAGCAAACGGAGCCAACAGAGGCCACAGUGGAGCCAACAAUUCCCAUGGUUAUAAAUGGCACAGACUCUGCUGUGAAAUAUGUGACCACUUCGGAGAUGGCGGAGACGAUGUUGCAGCGCAUCAGGCAACGCUACAAUGGUGUCCACAACACGGAGAGCGGCGGCAGCGCCGAGUCAGCGAUGCGAGCGUUGGAACUGUUGCGGAUUAGCGUGCAGCAAGCAUUCGACUCGGAGGUCAACGACAUCAUCAAGCGCUACAUGAACAACUACUUCAAGCCCGCCUUUGGCAACAUCAAGGAGAAUCUCGGCCAGCAUGCUGUCAAUGAGGAAACACUUCAAAAGAUGUCUUCGUGUGCGCUGCUAGAGAAUGCCAAGGCGCAGUACACAAACUUUGUGGUGCGACAACAACGUGUCACAGCUGCCACAACAGUUGUGAACGAGCAACAGCGUCUGGCGCUUAAGCGACCUGCAAAGCCAAAUGAAUUCACCACCAACAACAAUAGCAAAUUGUUCGCCAGCAAUUUGGGAUUUACAGCAGCUGCUGCCAAGCCGAUGCCAGGCACAUCAAAUGCAUUAUCAACUCAACAACAGCUGCAGCAACAGCAACAACAACAGCUGCAACCACAGCAGCAACUACAACAGCAGCAACAGUUGCAGCUACAACAACAACAGCAAACGCAAUCUAUGCAAUUGCAGCGCACGAACAUCAUGAGUGGACCGCUCCCGACGCCAGUGCGUCGACAGAUCUUCUGGAACACCGCACAGAUCACGACGAGCACCAAAUUUGUGCUUGAUGUGCAAGCGAAUCUUGCUUUCGGCUUCAGCAUCGAUGGCAAAGAGUUGGGCGGCGCUCGCUUGGCCAGCAAACAUCCGGAGAUCAUACGCUAUCUGCCCGAUGCCGAGGAUCGCGAAUGGUUAUCGGCACGUGGAAUUAUUCCCGCCGAGAAUCGCAGUUCACGCUUUCUGUUUCUCAUUUACGACGAAGUCUGUCGGCUGCAACAAACCCAUGAACUCUAUCGACACAAAGCCAACAUAGAUCUGAGCAUGAUGUUGACUUUUACCGUCACCGAGCCAAUGAUACAGAAGAUGAAGUUGUUCUUUGUGGAUUUGAAUAUCAAGAGUCGCGGCCUGAUUACCAACUCUUUUAUCAUGGCCAACAAUCAACAGCAGCCACAGCAGCAGCAGCAACCACAGCAACAACAAGUCGCCAGCAGCAAUAGCAAUAACAAUAGUCAUCUUCGCAAUGCUUUGCUGCAAGGCGUGUCAGCUCCACAACAAUCAGCACAAUCCAAUCAGCAACAAUCGACAACAACGUCAGCAAUAGUUGAUGAUGCCUUGUCCAAGGAGCUGCCCUCCGCUUCAGCUUCCGCAUCGCCUUGUCUGCAAGGCACCGUCGUGGGCAGCAGCACCACGAAUCCGCUGAAGUCCAAGCUAAGCAUGUCCAGCAGCUCAGCACUCAGCUCUUCGCAUGCCACGCUCACUGCUCUGCUCAAUCAGGGAGGAACAAGUGUGGCCAGUGCUUCCCCCGUCAGCAACAAGUUUCGCAAUUAAUCAGUCUUUAGUUAAGUUAAUUAAUAAUUAUAUUCAUAACUAGUUUUUAAGUAGUUUGCUGCUCAAUACUCGCAUCUCAUAUCGCUGGAUCUCUGUGUAGUCUUUCAUUUUCACUUACAAAAUAAACGUAAACCUUUUUGAGUGUACAAAAUGAAA